GAGAAAUCAUUUUCGCAAACUGAAUGCAAUGGCAGUAGUAAUUCAACGUCAUUGGCGAGGAUUCCGAGCGAGAAUAUCUGCUAAAAUUAUUUUAAUACGUCGAGUUGAAGCAAUGUGGCAAUGCUAUUAUGACAAAUCAGCGACAAAAAUUCAAAGAGCUUGGCGACAACAUCGAGCUCGAGUUACUGGCUCCCGCGCUAAGAGCACUAAAAAUUGGAUGGCAAACGUUCACGAUAAAAAUGAGGAAACGGUACAACGCUUGCGAAGUUUUCGUAAGGCCGAAUUGAAACACGUUGAGGAUGAGAUCGAGAGAGAAUCACUUCUUUGGAUUCUUUUCAUACUUUUCAAGCUUCAUCAUCUUUUGGGAACGAAAUCUUGUCCGGGAGUCCUGAAGUCUGUGGACGAAAAACAUCGUACAAAAAUCGAGAAAAUGAUCAAGUGUCUAGAGUACAGCGUGUACGUGGAAAAGAAAAGAUUGGGGAAAGUUCAUCAUAUCGAUGAGAAUAAUUGUGAUGAAUUCACAUUAAUGCAUGGCACGAGAUUCGAAAGGUGUGAAAAAGCUAUCAGAGAUUAUGAGAAGAUUUCACAACGAGGAUCGACAAAAAGGACCAACAGUUGA